CAGCUAAAUGUCCGGAGUAACCGAGUUACAGGACUUCGGGGUUGAAAGGUGCGCUUACACAUUACCAAGCACUGGCAAGAAUUUGCUUAAGGCAUGUGUGACCGGCGUACGUUCCUGUCAUCUCAGUCGCUCCCAGAACAAGAGGUGGACCAUGUCAGCCAGCUGUCUGAAAAUCUCAGCCAGCUCUUCCUCAAUGAAGAGUACAGCGACAUCACACUGCAAGUUGAAGGCCAGUCUUUUCCUGGUCAUCGGGUUAUCUUGGGUUCCCGAAGUGAUUAUUUCAGAGCACUGCUGUAUGGAGGCAUGAAAGAAUCUACAUUGUCAACAGUUGAGCUGAAGGCAACAUCAGCCGUACCUUUUCGUAUGUUAUUAAAAUACAUAUACACAGGGAGGAUGAAUUUAAGCAGUUUAAAGGAAGACCUCUUACUAGAUGUGCUUGGCCUUGCUAACCAGUAUGGCUUCAAAGAACUGGAAGCCAGCAUCUCAGAUUAUCUAAAAGCCAUCCUUAGUGUCUACAAUGUGUGCAUGAUAUACGAUGUGGCAACGUUGUUUAGUCUAACCAGCUUGAGGCAAACCUGCUUUGAUUACAUGGACCGACAGGCACAGGAAGUUCUGAGCAGUGAUGCGUUUACAUCUAUCUCAGCUAAUUCUCUACAUGUGAUGAUUUCACGCGAUUCAUUCUGCGCAAACGAGAUUGACAUAUUCCGCGCUGUUCUUCGUUGGACUAAAGUCAACAGCUCUGAGAAGGAAGGAAUAUCCGAGAUUCUGAAUGCAAUACGUCUUCCUCUCAUGACGCUGCCGGACUUGCUUAAUGAAGUUCGACCAACUGGACUAAUGCAACCAGAUGCCAUCCUGGAUGCCAUCAAAGAGAGGGUAGAGCUCAGAGUGAUGGAACUCAACUAUAGGGGCAUCUUAUUGCCAGAGGAGAAUGUAGCCUCACUGCGACAUGGAGCACAGGUGCUACAAGGUGAGGUAAAGACGGCACUACUAGAUGGCGACACUCUUAACUAUGAUAUGGACCAUGGCUUUACGCGGCACCCGAUAGAGGACAGUGUAAACAAGGGAAUAGUGGUAAAGCUGGGAACGCAGUGCAUAGUUAAUCAUAUGCGCCUUCUGCUCUGGGACAAGGACAUGAGGUCGUAUUCAUACUACAUUGAAGUGUCCAUGGAUGAGAAGGACUGGGUGAAAGUCGGUGAUCACAGCAAAUACCUCUGCAGAUCCUGGCAACGUCUUUACUUUACUCCCCGGGUGAUACGAUAUUUUACUUACAGAUUUGUACGAGUUGUUGGCACACAUAACACAGUGAAUAGGGUUUUCCAUUUAGUUGCCUUGGAGGCAAUGCAUACGAAAGAUACAUGUGAGACAGCAAAUGGGCUUAUUGUUCCUUGCAACAACAUUGCUACCAUACAGCAGAGUGCUAUGGUUAUAGAGGGGGUUAGUAGGUGCCGCAAUGCUCUAAUAAAUGGAGACACGCAGAACUAUGACUGGGACUCUGGAUAUACAUGUCAUCAGCUCGGAUCCGGUGCAAUUGUUGUACAGCUCACACAGCCCUACCUAGUGGACUCAAUGAGAAUGCUUUUGUGGGAUUGUGACAACAGGACUUACUGUUAUUACAUUGAAGUCUCAAUAGACAACCAAACAUGGGAUGUGGUCUGUGAUCGAUCAAAACAGCCUUGUCAGUCAUGGCAGAUGAUCAAGUUCAGCAAAAGACCUGUCGUAUUUAUUAGAAUUGUUGGAACACACAAUACAGCAAAUGAGGUAUUUCACGUUGUGCAUUUUGAGUGUCCUGCAUCACCAGAACCUGAAUCCUGUAAUAGUCCUUCCGGCAGCAACACCAGAGAUCGGCAAGAUGAUGUGGUGCGACCAACUAGGUCGGAAGGUGGUGCUAGUGCAUCAUCAUUGUCAGCAGACAAUGCAGAGCAUGGUGGCCCUGUUCGAAGGGAAACAGCCCAAGAGCAGCCUCGACCAUCGGCGCUCGACAGAGUGAACCUGCAGGGGCUUGGGAAUCAGAACUGGUCAGGCUCAAACCAUGGGCCAACACAAGGAGAUCCCCGAUGACAUGGCUGUGCAUUCUUCCUGUUUCCAUGCAACUUUUGGCUGAUGUGUUAGGUGUACCUCGUAGCAGUGUAACUAUGUUCAUAGUAGAAAUGCACUCAUAGUUUUUGAGUGAUAUUAGACAAACGAUCACCUCCCAUUGUGUUUUUACUCAACGUCCACAAUUGUUGCGUUUUUUUACAAGUGCCGUAAUGUGAUGGAGAAAUCGACUGUUUGUCUGGGAUGACUUAUUUGAAUAGCAGCUUAGCAUCUGGUAGAAUUGUAUUUGAGUUGAGAAAAAAACCCUCAUCUACUGCAGCUCAUAGGGUCUAUGUCCCCCAGGGUACUGCCGGAACGUACCCUGAUAACUAUUUGAUAUGGUUAGGGUUAGG